CUGGUCGAGCGUCUCAAUUGAAGAGGGCUGCUUUCUCACCCUACUGCCCAACAUAACGCUCCUCUUUCUCACUCUCUCGCGGAAUAUACGCGUGCACAUAUAUUUCUUACUCCCAUGGAUGGUUCGCCAAUUCUACUAGUUCUUGAAUCUUGAUUCAAGAAUUGCUCAAGAAUCUUCGAUACUUUCGAGAAUCCGGUUAGGGUUCUGUGAAUUUUGGUUCUGUGUAUGUAUUAGCAGAUAAUACAAGUUUCUUGAUAUCAAGAAUCGCAGUGCGGACUUUCUUCUAUGCCACUGUGUACAUAUUCGUAAUUUCUACUAAUUCGUGAUAGAAAGCAAGAUUCUUUGCAGGGUUCUUUGAUGCAUUCAAGAAACGCGCUACGGUUGUGAGAUAUUUAUACUGUGUCUAGAUACUAUAUUAUAGCAUGGCGACUACAUCGCAAUCAAUUCGAUACAUUGGUCCGGCGCCUGCCACCAACGCCGGCAAUAUGGACGCUCUCAACCGAGUCUUGGCUGAACUCUGCGUCCGCGGCAAUCCCAAGGAUGGGGCUGCCUCAGCAUUGAGAAGACUCGUGGAGGAACAAGCUCGUGAUCUUAGUGGUGAAGCAUUUUCCCGCUUUAUGGAUCAGCUGUAUGACCGUGUUACCAGUCUUUUAGAAAGCAAUGAAGUUGCUGAAAAUUUGGGUGCAUUGAGGGCCAUAGAUGAGCUUAUAGAUGUUGGAAUUGGGGAGAAUGCAGUGAAAGUUGCAAAGAUUGCAAAUUACAUGCGAACUGCAUUUGAGGCAAAACGUGAACCUGAAACCUUGGUUGUUGCCAGUAAAGUUCUGGGCCACUUGGCCAGAGCUGGUGGAGCAAUGACUGCUGAUGAAGUGGAACGGCUGGUAAAAAUUGCAUUGGAUUGGCUUCGUGGUGAUAGAGUCGAAUAUCGUCGAUUUGCUGCUGUUUUAAUUUUAAAAGAAAUGGCUGAGAAUGCUUCAACAGUUUUCAAUGUGCAUGUUCCUGAGUUUGUGGAUGCUAUCUGGGUUGCUCUGAGGGACCCAAAGCUGGAUGUACGCGAGCGGGCUGUAGAGGCAUUGCGUGCUUGCCUUCGGGUUAUUGAGAAGCGUGAAACACGAUGGCGUGUCCAGUGGUAUUACCGUAUGUUUGAGGCUACACAAGAUGGAUUGGGGAGAAAUGCCCCUGUACAUAGCAUACAUGGUUCAUUGCUUGCAGUUGGGGAACUGCUGAGGAAUACAGGUGAGUUCAUGAUGUCUAGGUACAGAGAAGUGGCUGAGAUUGUUCUCAGAUAUCUAGAGCACCGGGAUCGACUUGUUCGACUCAGCAUAACUUCUUUGCUUCCUCGAAUUGCCCAUUUCCUACGUGACCGUUUCGUAACAAACUAUCUGACGAUAUGUAUGAAACAUAUACUUCAUGUUCUUAAAAUACCGGCAGAGGCCGCUAGUGGGUUCAUUGCUCUUGGGGAAAUGGCUGGUGCAUUGGACGGUGAACUCAUUAAUUAUUUGCCGACAAUAACGUCUCACUUGCGUGAUGCAAUUGCGCCUCGUAGAGGCCGACCCUCUAUGGAGGCUUUGGCUUGCGUUGGAAAUAUUGCAAAAGCAAUGGGGGCUUCUAUGGAGCCUCACGUACGUAGUCUCUUGGAUGCAAUGUUUUCUGUAGGAUUAUCCUCUACCUUGGUGGAAGCCCUUGAGAACAUCACUGCCAGCAUCCCAUCUCUGCUUCCAACCAUUCAAGUACGUUUGCUUGAAUGCAUUUCAGGAGUUCUUUCUCGAAACCAACAAGUUCAGUCAAGGCCUUCUGCUGCCAUUGCUCGUACUAGUAGCACAGCUGCUACUAUGCAAGUCUCGGAGCUCAGUGGUUCUGCUCUUGUUCAACUAGCCUUACAAACUCUUGCCCGGUUUAAUUUUAAGGGUCAUGAUCUUCUUGAGUUUGCAAGAGAAUCUGUUGUGGUCUAUUUAGAAGAUGAGGAUGGCGGUACAAGAAAAGAUGCUGCUUUGUGUUGCUGCAAAUUAAUGGCAAAUUCCUUAUCUGGCAUAUCCUCUGCCCAGUUUAGUUCCAGUAGGACAAGUCGUGCUGGUGGAAAGCGUCGCCGCCUUGUUGAAGAGAUUGUGGAAAAGCUUCUCAUUGCAGCUGUUGCUGAUGCUGAUGUCACCGUCCGGCGAUCUAUAUUUUCGUCUUUGCAUGAGAGUGGUGGAUUUGAUGAUUAUCUGGCACAGGCUGAUUGUUCGACUGCAGUUUUUGCUGCUUUAAAUGAUGAGGAUUUUGAAGUUCGGGAAUUUGCAAUUUCAGUGGCUGGAAGACUGUCUGAAAAAAAUCCAGCAUAUGUUCUUCCAGCUCUUCGUCGCCAUCUCAUUCAAUUAUUAACUUAUUUAAAACAAAGUGCUGAUAGCAAAUGCAGAGAAGAAAGUGCAAAAUUGUUGGGGUGCUUAAUUCGGAAUUGUGAGAGAUUAAUACUCCCAUAUAUUGCUCCAAUACACAAGGCCCUUAUUGCAAAACUCAAUGAGGGAACUGGGGUGAAUGCUAAUAAUGGCAUUAUAAGUGGAGUUCUCGUUACUGUUGGAGAUCUCGCCAGAGUGGGUGGCUUUGCAAUGAGACAGUAUAUUCCAGAACUUAUGCCCUUAAUUGUCGAUGCUUUAUUAGAUGGUGCUGCUGCCAUGAAACGUGAAGUGGCUGUCACAACUCUUGGUCAAGUGGUACAAAGCACGGGUUAUGUUAUAACUCCAUAUAACGAGUAUCCUCAAUUGCUUGGUUUACUUUUGAAAUUGCUUAAUGGUGAGCUAGCUUGGUCUACCAGACGCGAAGUUUUGAAGGUUCUUGGCAUAAUGGGUGCCUUGGAUCCCCACGUGCAUAAAAGGAAUCAACUGAGCUUACCAGGGUCCCAUGGUGAAGUUGCCCGGCCAGCUGGUGAGCCUGGUCAGCAUAUUCGGUCAAUGGAUGAACUACCUAUGGAUCUUUGGCCAUCUUUUGCAACAUCAGAAGAUUAUUAUUCCACUGUUGCUAUCAGUUCCCUCAUGCGAAUUUUUAGGGACCCUUCACUUUCUAGUUACCACCAAAAGGUGGUUGGAUCUCUCAUGUUCAUAUUUAAGUCAAUGGGUCUUGGCUGUGUUCCGUACUUGCCUAAGGUUCUGCCUGAUCUCCUGCAUACUGUUCGUACAUGUGAUGAUGGUCUUAAGGAAUAUAUUACCUGGAAACUUGGGACUCUGGUUUCUAUUGUCCGGCAGCAUGUUCGCAAAUAUCUGCCGGAGUUGUUCUCUCUGAUAUCCGAGUUAUGGUCAUCCUUCAGUUUGCCUGCUACUAAUCGACCAGUGCGUGGAUCUCCGAUUCUCCAUCUGCUCGAGCAACUCUGUUUAGCUCUCAAUGAUGAGUUUAGAACACACCUACCUUUUAUCCUCCCAUCCUGCAUUCAAGUCUUAAGUGAUGCUGAGAGGUUUAAAGACUACACUCACGUCAUUGAUAUUCUACGUACUCUUGAAGUUUUUGGUGGGACCUUGGAUGAGCAUAUGCAUCUACUUCUUCCUGCGCUAAUUCGAAUUUUCAAAGUGGAUGCUUCAGUAGAAGUGCGUCGUGCUGCUAUCAGAACCCUUACUAGGUUGAUUCCUCGUGUACAGGUGACAGGCCACAUAUCCGCCCUUGUGCAUCAUUUGAAGCUUGUGUUGGACGGGAAAAAUGAUGAGCUUAGGAAGGAUGCUCUAGAUGCACUUUGUUGUCUAGCUCAUUCUCUUGGGGAAGACUUCACUAUUUUCAUCCCAUCCAUCCAUAAGCUUUUGUUGAAACAUCGUUUGCGGCAUAAGGAUUUCGAAGAAAUUCAAGGCCGCUUACAGAGAAGGGAGCCAUUAAUCCUAGGAAAUACUGCUUCUCAAAAGCAAAAUCGCCGACUUCCUGGGGAGGUUAUUAGUGACCCUUUAAGUGACACAGAGGAUCAUGAGAGAAUUGAUCCCCACAAGCCUCAUCAGGUCAAUGAAGCUCGAUUACGUGCUGCUGGGGAGGCUUCUCAACGCAGUACGAAAGAGGACUGGGCGGAGUGGAUGAGGCAUUUUAGCAUUGAACUACUGAAGGAAUCACCUUCACCAGCUCUGAGAACAUGUGCGAAGCUUGCCCAGCUGCAGCCUUUCGUUGGAAGGGAGUUGUUUGCAGCUGGUUUUGUUAGCUGCUGGACACAACUGAAUGAGCUUUGCCAACGGCAGCUAGUUCGGAGUUUAGAAAUGGCAUUUUCAUCUCCAAAUAUACCUCCGGAAAUUCUUGCUACACUUUUGAACUUGGCUGAGUUUAUGGAACACGAUGAGAGGCCCCUUCCCAUUGAUAUCCGUCUACUUGGUGCUCUUGCCGAAAAGUGUCGUGCAUUUGCAAAGGCUCUGCACUACAAGGAGAUGGAAUUCGAAGGUGCUCGGUCAAAUAGGAUGGAUGGAAACCCUGUUGCUGUAGUUGAAGCUCUUAUUCAUAUAAAUAAUCAAUUGCACCAACAUGAGGCGGCAGUUGGGAUAUUGACAUAUGCUCAACAACAUUUGGCUGUCCAACUUAAGGAGUCAUGGUAUGAGAAACUUCAGCGAUGGGAUGAUGCUCUCAAAGCUUACACUGUCAAAGCCUCUCAAGCAUCAAGCCCACAUCUUGUUCUGGAUGCAACUCUUGGGCGGAUGAGAUGCCUUGCUGCACUUGCUCGGUGGGAAGAGCUCAAUAAUCUCUGCAAGGAGUAUUGGACACCUGCGGAGCCCGCUGCUCGACUGGAAAUGGCACCAAUGGCUGCUAGUGCUGCCUGGAACAUGGGUGAGUGGGAUCAGAUGGCAGAAUAUGUUUCUCGAUUGGAUGACGGAGAUGAAACCAAACUUCGAGUCUUGGGUAAUACUGCCGCUACAGGAGAUGGGAGCAGCAAUGGGACCUUUUUUAGGGCUGUUUUAUUAGUUCGUAGAGGAAAGUAUGAUGAAGCACGUGAAUAUGUUGAAAGAGCAAGGAAGUGUUUGGCUACAGAAGUGGCUGCUUUGGUUCUUGAAAGUUAUGAACGUGCAUACAGCAAUAUGGUUCGCAUUCAGCAGCUUUCAGAAUUAGAGGAGGUCAUUGAUUAUUGUACCCUUCCUGUUGGAAACCCUGUUGCUGAGGGACGAAGGCUUCUCAUACGCAACAUGUGGAAUGAGCGUAUAAAAGGUGCAAAACGUAAUGUUGAGGUUUGGCAAGCACUUUUGUCUGUCAGGUCACUUGUUCUGCCACCUAUAGAAGAUGCAGAGACUUGGAUAAAGUUUGCCUCUCUUUGCCGUAAAAGUGGCAGAAUUAGUCAGGCCAGAUCAACUUUAACUAAACUCUUACAGUUUGAUCCUGAAACAACUCCUGAUACUGUACGGUAUCAUGGGGAUCCUCAAGUAAUUCUAGCAUAUCUGAAAUAUCAAUGGUCACUUGGAGAGGAUCAUAGGCGCAAGGAGGCCUUUGCUAGACUGAAGGAUUUGGCUAUGGACCUCUCAAGAACACCUGUUCUUCAACAAACCACGCAGUCUGGCAUGACGGGCUCCUCCAAUAUGCCUCUCGUUGCCCGUGUUUAUCUCAAAUUAGGAACUUGGCAGUGGGCACUUUCCCCUGGUUUGGAUGAUGACUCUAUACAAGAAAUUCUUGCUGCAUUUCGAAAUGCGACUCACUAUGCAACAAAGUGGGCAAAAGCUUGGCAUAAAUGGGCACUUUUUAACACAGCAGUUAUGUCUCAUUACACUUUGCGAAGUUAUCCUAGUAUUGCUGCACAGUUUGUUGUUGCUGCAGUUACUGGGUAUUUUCACUCCAUAGCUUGUGCAGCACAUGCCAAAGGGGUGGACGAUAGUUUACAGGAUAUCCUUCGUCUCCUUACUUUGUGGUUCAACCAUGGAGCUACAUCAGAAGUACAGAUGGCAUUACAGAAAGGCUUUUCACUUGUAAAUAUAAACACAUGGUUGGUUGUUUUGCCUCAGAUAAUUGCUAGGAUACAUUCCAAUAACCAUGCAGUUAGAGAACUGAUUCAGUCACUACUAGUGCGAAUUGGCCAGAGUCAUCCACAGGCUCUUAUGUACCCUCUUCUUGUGGCAUGUAAAUCCAUUAGCAAUUUACGGAAACAGGCAGCUCAAGAGGUGGUUGAUAAAGUUCGACAGCACAGUGGUGUGCUAGUGGAUGAGGCCCAACUUGUAUCUACGGAGUUGAUCCGAGUUGCAAUACUUUGGCAUGAAAUGUGGCAUGAGGCGUUAGAAGAGGCAAGCCGCUUAUAUUUUGGUGAACAUAACAUUGAGGGGAUGCUGAAUGUCUUAGAGCCAUUGCACGAAAUGCUUGAGGAAGGGGCAAUGAGGAACAAUACCACUAUAAAAGAGAAAGCCUUUAUUCAGGCAUACCGUCACGAACUCUUGGAGGCCUAUGAAUGCUGCAUGAAAUACAGAAGAACUGGAAAAGAUGCAGAAUUAACUCAGGCUUGGGAUCUCUAUUAUCAUGUAUUUAGGCGGAUAGAUAAACAACUUCAAACUCUUACCACCCUCGACUUACAGUCUGUGUCUCCAGAACUGUUGGAGUGCCGUGAUCUUAAACUUGCUGUUCCUGGAACCUAUAAAGCUGAUUCACCUGUGGUGACAAUUGCAUCUUUUGCACCUCAACUUGUUGUUAUCACGUCCAAACAACGACCUCGUAAGUUGACAAUUAAUGGAAGUGAUGGAGAAGAUUAUGCUUUCUUGCUGAAGGGACAUGAAGAUUUACGCCAAGAUGAGCGUGUCAUGCAGCUCUUUGGUUUAGUAAAUACUCUGCUGGGGAAUUCUAGAAAAACUGCUGAGAAAGAUCUAUCUAUCCAAAGAUAUUCUGUCAUUCCACUCUCUCCGAACAGUGGCCUUAUAGGAUGGGUCCCAAAUUGUGAUACCUUGCACCAUCUCAUUCGAGAGUAUAGGGAUGCCAGAAAGAUCACCCUGAACCAAGAGCAUAAGUUGAUGCUUAGUUUUGCUCCAGAUUAUGAUCAUUUGCCUCUUAUAGCAAAGGUUGAGGUGUUUGAGUAUGCCCUGCAAAAUACAGAAGGAAAUGAUCUUGCAAGGGUGCUAUGGUUAAAGAGUCGCACUUCAGAGGUCUGGUUGGACAGGAGGACAAACUAUACAAGAAGCUUGGCCGUCAUGAGUAUGGUUGGUUACUUACUUGGCCUUGGUGAUCGACAUCCAAGCAAUCUCAUGCUGCAUCGUUACAGUGGGAAGAUAUUGCACAUUGACUUUGGAGAUUGCUUUGAAGCUUCAAUGAACCGAGAGAAAUUCCCUGAAAAGGUUCCAUUUCGGCUCACUAGAAUGCUUGUUAAAGCAAUGGAGGUUAGUGGUAUUGAAGGAAACUUCCGCUCCACUUGCGAAAAUGUAAUGCAGGUUUUGCGAUCCAAUAAAGAUAGUGUCAUGGCAAUGAUGGAGGCAUUUGUGCACGAUCCCCUUAUAAAUUGGCGUCUUUUCAACUUUAAUGAAGUUCCCCAAAUGUCUACACUUACAAGCACACAAGCCCAACCUGUUGUAAACGGAGAAGAGUCUGGUCCUAAUAGAGAGCUGCUUCAACCGCAACGGGGUGUUCGCGAGAGAGAGCUCCUCCAGGCUGUCAAUCAACUGGGUGAUGCUAACGAGGUUCUGAAUGAAAGAGCUGUGGUUGUCAUGGCACGGAUGAGCAACAAACUUACAGGAAGGGAUUUCUCAGCUUGUUCUUCCUUACCAUCUAGCUCCAUCCAACAUUCCCUUGACCACAGUACUUUAAUUUCUGGUGAUGCUCGCGAGGCUGACCAUGGGUUAUCUGUCAAAUUACAAGUUCAAAAGCUUAUUCUUCAAGCAACAUCACAUGAAAAUUUGUGCCAAAAUUAUGUCGGAUGGUGUCCUUUCUGGUAAGUCGGAGAUCUCUACUUGUCCAUGGAUAGGCCUAUGCCUCUGGAGAACCCAAGCGAGCAUGGAACAGCCUGUUGUUCCCUCAUCUUAUUUCUGCUCCAUCUUUUCAGUUGUAAAUGGCUCAAGUAAUCAGAUUAUAAUUUUAAAUGGGAAUAGGUGAUGUAUUAAUUAUUCACUAGGCUUUUGCCCUCUUCAGGGAGUUCAUUUGUCUGUAAAUAAUUUAGAUUGAGGUAUAAGCUGCGCCCAGCUUCCCAUAGUGUAGUGCCAUAUGCAUGGGAGUGCAGUAACUUCGUUGUACAUAAAUGUAUGUAAAUAUUGUACAGAAUUCUGAAAUAUAUAUGUAUGUGGAGUUACAGUA